AUGUGUAUCGGUUGGAUGAAACAGUUCGUUUGUGGAAAUCAACAGUGUCCAGAAAUUAUCGAAGAGCUUCAACGAGUGACAGUGGUUUUUACCUAUCAACAAACCUCUUGCGACGCUCUGACGCCUUUACUAAAGCCAGUCCUGAACUUUCUUAGAGAAAGGGGAUGGUUAUCGACAGCGUACAUAGAUGAUACGCUUUGCAUCGGCAAAUCUCGGGCCGUGUGCAAGAAAAAUGUAGCAGUCACGAGGAAAACUCUAACGGAGCUUGGGUUCAUUAUAAAUGAAGAGAUAAGUAAAGACGAGCCAGAUUACAAAUGUAAGUAUUUGGGUUUUAUUAUAAACUCUAAGGACAUGACUCUGUCCUUACCCGAGGAGAAAAAGUAUAGGUUAAUUAAAACAAUUCGAGAAAUUUUAAGCAGAGAUUCUUGUUUUAUUCGCGAAAUGGAGGGUCUAAUUGGUGGAUUGGUUGCAGCAUGCCCAGGCGUACCGUAUGGGAUGCUGUAUACCAAAAUCUUGGAAAGAGAAAAAAUGAAGGCGCUAAUCCAAAACGAUCAAAACUUUGAUCGAAGGAUGAUCAUUCAUUCAUAUGUAAAGAAAGAUCUGGAGUGGUGGCUGAAGAAUAUUCCAGUAGCAAAGAAUCCGAUUAGGUCAUUAAAUUAUAGGUUAGAGAUUUUCUCGGAUGCAUCGCUCACAGGGUGGGGUGCGCACUGCAACGGAGAAAAUACUCACGGAUUUUGGUCUCAGGAGGAGAAGAAGUUACAUAUAAACCAGCUGGAGAUUAUAGCAGCGUUUUUGGCGCUUAAGUGCUUUGCUAGGGAAGUCCAAAAUUGCGAAAUCUUACUUAGAAUUGACAAUACUACGGCGAUUUCGUAUAUCAAUCGUAUGGGGGGUGUACAAUACGUAGAACUCAAUCAAGGGGCUAAAGAUAUUUGGACUUGGUGUCAGAAAAGAAGAAUCUGGAUCUUUGCUUCCUACAUCCCCUCGCGGGAAAACACAGACGCAGACAGGGAAUCUAGAAGAGUCAAUGUAGAUACUGAAUGGGAGUUAGGAGCCCCCUUCUUUCAGACCAUAGUAGAAAGGUGGGGGUUCCCAGAAAUAGACUUGUUCGCAUCAAGGAGUAAUGCUAAGACCGAGGUGUUCUGCUCCUGGAAACGAGACCCAGAAGCUCGGUACAUUGACGCUUUUACAGUUAAUUGGAGUAAAUACCUUUUUUAUGCAUUCCCUCCCUUCGCGAUGGUUGCUAAGGUGCUACAAAAAAUCAAUUCAGAUAAGGCUCAGGGAAUAGUGGUGGUCCCUCACUGGCCUACCCAGCCUUGGUUUCCCAUAUUUAAAUCAAUGCUAUUAGAAGAACCGUUGUAUUUUUCGCCCUCACCUAAGCUUCUGUUAUCUCCUUGCAGGGAGACUCUCCGGCGAUCGUAUCAACAGAAACUAGUGCCAGCAGAAGCAGUAGAGAUUCUAAUCUCUUCACUAACGGAUUCUACUCUGAAACAAUACAACACAGCCCUUAAAAACUGGUGGAGUUACUGCCAGAGUGAAAAGAGAGACCCCCUACAACCAGAUAUUUACCUAGUUUUAAAAUACUUAACAUUUCGAUUCAAUCAGGAGGCAUCAUACGGCACACUUAAUUCAGAGAUAUCAGCGAUUAAUCUGAUAAGCACGAUAGACUUGGACCACCGAAGCCUAAAUAUGACACCACCUGGAACACAGGAGGCAGUUCUAAACUGGGCAGAAGCACUGGGACCAUUGAAAGUCCUGGACCUAAAAUCUCUCACCUUUAAGUUGGUAUCUUUAUUAGCCUUAGCUACAGCCCAUAAGGUUCAGACAUUGUCCCUAAUCAAAAUAAGUGACAUGACAAUUUCGAAGAGCAAUGUUAUCAUAAAGAUAUCGGAGCAAAUUAAAACAUCUAGAGUCGGAGUUGCACAACCCUCAUUCAGUCUACCAUUUUUUAAAGAGCGAAAGGGCGCUUGCGUCGCCAGGGUGUUGUUGAAAUACAUAAAAAGAACCAGAGUUCUAAGAGGGAAUGAAGACUACCUGUUUAUUACAUUUAAGAGGCCCAACCAUAGGGCAACUGCGCAAUCAAUAAGCCGCUGGAUAAGGUGCUGUCUCGUGGAAGCCGGAAUAGAUCCCAAAUACACUGCUCACAGCACGAGACACGCAGCCACGUCUGCUGCAGAGGCGAGAGGUUUAGAUGUAAACAUCAUAAAGAGUACAGCUCACAGGUGUUCGCAAAGUGAUACAAACGCCUGA